AUUUCUCCAUUUCUUAAUUCCUUUUGCCCUAAAUCCUCUAUUCCAUUUGUCUCUCUCCAUCUCUUUUCGCAAUCAAUGAUCAACUCAAUCAUUAUUACUAUAUACCAAAAAUUACAGGUGAAAAGUAGAAAUCGAUGGAAUCCAUGAUCUGUUUUGCUGAAAAAAGAUUUAACCUUUUCAGGGAAAGGGUGGUGGUGGGUGGGGUGGGGGUGGGGGCGGUGGCCGCCACCUUUCGGUUCUAUAAUGCCAACUCAAUAGUCAUCACUCAGCCAACUCUUUGGUCAUAGUCUCUGCGUCGCCUUCCUCUCUCUCUCUCUCUCUCUCUCCCUCAUUAUUAUAUUUUAUUUUUUUUCCAAUUCCAACCAAUCCCAUCUUUGUGUUAGAAUUUUUCAAACACUUGACCCGUUACAUCACCACCACCACUAUCUUGCAUAUAUACUUUUGUAUGUAAUUUGUAUUUAUAGAGUAGGGGAUUAAUAAAUACAUCUGGGGUUUCUUCUCAUUUUUUUUUGAUCUGUCUGAAUUGUGAUCAUUUUUUGUCAGUCUUCGGUGAAGGCUGCGAUCAGGUGUGAUUCUGGACAAAUGGAAUUAAAUCGAGCUCCAGCUAACGAAUCUUCGCAGAACGUGUCUCUUAGUAUUACCUCAGCUUUAGUUUCAGCAGUUCUUGAAUGGAUGCUGAUGUUUAUGAUUUUCGUCGAUGCUAGUUUCUCGUACUUAGUUACAAGGUUUGCCCGCUACUGCCAAUUGCAAAUCCCGUGUUUGCUUUGCUCGAGACUCGAUCAUGUUCUGGGCAAUGAAAAAGAUAGUUUUCACUGGGAUUUGUUCUGCCACAACCACAAGUUAAACAUUUCUUCUUUAGUUCUCUGUCAACAUCACAACAAACUCGUUGACGUUCAUGGAACAUGCGAAACUUGCUUCUUCUCGUUCGCCACGACAAACAAGUCGAACGCCGAAACAUACAGAUUACUAGUUGGCAAACUGGGGUCCGAGCCUUACGGUAAUGCCCUUGCUCAAGGUUCUUCCGACUCGAGAAAGUGUAUGUGUUGCAAGGAGCAAUGGAUCUCUAAAAAUUGCGCCGAGAAAUUAUUAAAGAGCAAAUCAAUUGACCCGGAGGAAACUCCGAUGCAUGGGAUCAUAGAGGGAUCGUCGCAAAUAGGACAAAUUCGGAACAAGAAUGCUGAUACGCUGCCCCACGUCGAAUAUAAACAGGUCAAAGUUAGUUCUGAUACCGAAUCAGAAGGUCCGUUUUCAGAUACUGAAAGUGUUAAAGCACUCCUUCGUGAAAUGGAGGUCUUGGGCCAAGAUUCAGUCGCUAACUAUACUUCCUCCGAACCUCAAAUUAUUUCUGUUGCCGAUUUUCCAGCUUUGGAGAAGUUGAUACAUCCAUCUCCUCCAAUAGAAUUUUCACAUUCAGAAACGGAGUACCCUAUCAUCAAUUCACAUCAUAACGUAGAAUCCGAGACACCCCUUGGGCACGGGUUAGAGGAACUUAAUUGGCAGCAAGCUGACCACAGUAAUGAUGUCAGUGAACAAUCUGAGCGCAUUACUAUUCCCGAGGCACUUCCUUCUCCCGAUAAUUGUGACGAAUCAAAAGAAACUAAUGCUAAAAGCACCGUUGAGUUGGAGAAAGAAGUUCACGUUGAAUAUGGAGAAGCUUCUCAUGUGGGAAGUCACUCUGCAGGCACAAUUGAAAGUGGAGAAACUUCAAUGGUUGUACUCGUAAAUGAAGUUCAAAUGGAUUCAAGACCGAACAAGACUGAUAAUAUCCCACAAAUAGCCGAGUCUCUAGAUUUUGGUGAUGCUUAUAAAUUAGCUCUCGGUACAAGGAGCAGACAAAUGUCCGGAAGAUUCUUAGAGCAACAAAGAUCCAUGACUGAAUCUACUAAAGCUAGUGAAGAUUUGAAGCUCUUGCUAUCACAAAUAUCCGCUGCUCGAGGCCUUGAAUUAUCGUCAAAUGACAUGAGUCCUCGUGUAUUUCCUAAUAGUGAACCUACUGAUGCUUAUGGUGCUAUGGGGAUGCAAAUAAUUCAAAGAAGGAUAUCGCUCGAGAGGAACGAAUCCAAUUUAUCUCUCGACGGUAGCAUUAUCGGUGAAAUCGAAGGUGAGACUGUUCUGGACCGAUUGAAAAGGCAGGUUGAGCACGACAAGAGAAUAAUGGCUACUCUGUAUAAAGAAUUGGAGGAAGAGAGAAACGCUUCUGCCAUUGCGGUUAACCAAUCAAUGGCCAUGAUUACGAGACUGCAGGAAGAGAAAGCGGCCCUUCACAUGGAGGCUUUACAGAGCAUUAGAAUGAUGGAGGAACAAGCCGAGUACGACGGUGAAGCUUUGCAGAACGCUAAUGACUUGCUUACGGAGAAGGAGAAACUGAUCCAAGAUCUCGAGUUCGAGCUCGAAAUGCUUAGGAAUCAACUCGAUGAUGAUUCUUUGUUGAAUAAUAAUACCCUUGUCGAACCCAGGAUCGAAUCUGAUGCGGUUGAACUGAAGAUUGCUGCACUUGGGAAUUUGGAUAAUUACAAAAACGACACUGUCGACGUAACUGAUUUAGCGUCCAAGAUCUCGUCGGGGCAUGAAGAUGAAAAACAAUAUAUGUUACAAUGCUUACAAAAGUUGGAGGAAAAACUGCUUAUGUUCGCCAAACACGAACUCUACCCUGAUAUGAUUGAUGGGGUAGAAGAAGUACCUGAGGCUGAGGCAAGUGCGUCGUCUCAAGAAAAUGGUGGAACAGAAAACACUAUUCUUCAAGGAGAUGCAGUCGCGCAUAAAGAUUCUUCUUCUUCGAAAGAAAGUAGUGGUAAAUCAAGGUCUAGCAGACAUGUGUGUACAGAUGCUGAGUUGGAGGCAUUUAGACACGAGCUUUCUGUUAUGAACAAUAGACUGGAAUCGCUCGAGGCAGAACAAAAUGUUAUUGACUGUUCGAUAAACUCACUUGAAAAGGGAAGUGAAGGAUUUGAGUUCAUUCGUGAAAUAACUGUUCGACUGCGAGAGUUACAUUCAGCUCUCAUUAAAUCAAGAAAGGCAAAUUUAACAUGACCAUUCGUGUAAGAUGCCUAGAAGACUCGCUCUUGUGAAACAGAAGCGACAUAUUAAGUAGCUGUACAUGGAUAAAUUGAGCUCGGUGUGGUUUUUUUUUAUUUGUUUUUUUCUUUUAUAUUUUUAACUGUUUCGGUUUACGUUCGGGGUUUUUUCCUUUGUAUAUCGGUUUUCAGUAAUAUCUUGUGAAGUCAGUGUUCAUCUUUUGGAUAUGGAGGUUUUUGCCUGUGUUAGAAUUCCAGGUAAAAUGAGUUGUUCAUUUGGCCAUUUAACAUUACCACUACAUUUUAACAAAUUAGUCAAACUUCUUACUA